CAAGGCAACGGCUCCGCUGCGGGCUGCGGGCGCCUGGCCGCCCCGGGGAGGCGCUGCGCGCCGGCGGCCCCACACGGCGAGGCGGCGAGACAGCAGGGUCUUACAGUUUCUGAGGCUGACUUUGAACUGGCAAUCUUCCUGCGUCAGCCUCCCAAACCACUGGGCUUACAGCUGUCCCUCCUACUUACCUCAUCUGCUACCAUUUGGACACACUGCGUUAGCAGUCCAGAGGGGGCCAGGAAGUGGAGCCUUAGAACAUCAAACCCCAAAGGAAAAACAGCCAGGGAGAGGGCCGAGAGACUUCUGCCUGAACCUUGGGUCUGGAUUGCUCCUUCUCAAACCUGGUUUCUUAAUUCCACCUUCACUUCUGACCGGGAACCUCUGCAGUUUGAGGAACUUUGCUCCCAUUUUUCACACUGAUUAACCGAGAGUGGAACAUCUGAAGAGAUGCAAGCAAGAAAAAGAAAUUAAACCAGGCCCGAGGAGCGAUGCAACAGGCAUGAUGGAGGUCGAGUCCUCCUACUCGGACUUCAUCUCCUGUGACCGGACAGGCCGUCGGAAUGCCGUCCCUGACAUCCAGGGUGACUCAGAGGCUGUGAGCAUGCGGAAGCUGGCUGCAGACAUGGGCGAGCUGGCACUUGAGGGGGCAGAAGGUCAGGCAGAGGCCAGCACCGCAGACAAGGAGGCCAGCAAGCCACCUGAAAGCAGCGAUGGGACCGCUUCACCUUGAGUCCAGCCUCAUCCAUGGAGGCUGGAGAGAGCCUGCUGUCCCCUAUGGAAAUGAACCCUGGCAUUGGCCCAACCUCUUCUCUGAGCCCAUGUCCCAGGCCAGACAGGCUAGCCUGAGAGGCCCCUCAGAGGCCUCCAUGGCCCCUAUUCUGGACAAGCCCUCUGCCGACACCCCUGGGCUCCAACCUGUCCCCCUCCUUCUCACUGAGCCCAGGCACAUCUGGAGACACUGUACCCAUGGGGUGUUAUUUAUUCAGCUGGUACUGGGCAUGGGCCACAUCCUGCCUACCUGGGAACAGCCGACACGGGCACACUUCUUUCAGGGGGGCCUGGACAGGGACCAUAUCCCACCCAGCACCCCUCCUUUCCAACCCUAGCCUUCUCAGUCAAGACCUUCUUAUCCCUUUUUAAAAAAAUACUUUUAAACUUUUUAAAAACUUCAAACCUUUUUUCAGGAGAGAGAAAGGGAGCCGACAAUCAUUGCACAUUUUCUGGAAGCCAUCUUAAGCUCAAUUGACCGUCUGUGCUGCUCUGGGCUUUCCCACACGGAGCUUCGCAGAUCCGGUUUUAGAAAAAUUUGGGCUCAAAACUAAAUGAGCAAUUCUGUGCCCUUUUUACCAAAAUAAGUGACAAUUAGGCCCCAGGAAAUAAAUAAUGAUUUGUGUGA